AUGAGAUUAUGUUAUAGUAAACAAGGUAUUCGAAAAAAAGACAAUCGUGUUGAUGAUGCAACUAACUCUCGAGCGGAGACGAGAACUGAUUGUCAAGCUCGCUUUGGAAUUUAUCUUUUGAAAAAUGGGAAAUUUGAAUGCCAUGAUUUUAUUGAGGAGCAUAAUCAUGAGCUUCAUGUUGCAACUACCGCCCACUUGAUGCGGUCACAACAGAUCAUUUCAGACAUACAAGCCAUUGAAAUUGUUAUGGCAAAUGAUUCUGGAAUUAAACCUAAGGACACAUUUGAGUUCAUGGGUAAACAUGCUGGUGGGAGACAGAGCCUUGGUUAUAACCGAGUCGAUCAUUAUAAUUAUCUCCAUGCUAAACGUCAAUGUGACUUAGAUUAUGGUGAACCAGGGUGUUUGUUACGGUAUUUUGGGAAACAAACCAGGCUCAAUCCCUCUUUUACCUACAACUUGCAGUUGGAUUCAGAUGAGCAGAUAACUAAUAUUUAUUGA